CCGGCCCGGCCCUUCCCCUGGCCCCCGCGCCCCGAGGAUGGCAGCGCUGCCCGCACGAGUGGCUGGCGGCGGUGUCCCUCCUCUUUUUUUUUCCGGCAGCGGCGGCGGCGGCGGCAGCGGCGGCGGAUCAUUGUUGUGUGGGAGGAGGGUGGCGGGGAUGGACUUGAUCUCUCGGGUCUCCUGCUGAGGCGGCAGCACAGCGCGCCCCGCCGCCCAGCCAGCGCCGCGCCGGGCAGGGAGGGACCGGCCCGGCCCCCCGCCCGCUCCCUGGCUCUUUAUUUUUAGGGGGCUCUGCUUCUCCUUUCCCUCGCCCUUAUCUCUCCCCCCCCCUUCUCCCCGCCCGCACACACGCACAGGGACACGCUUGCACCCUCCUCCGGUGCCCUUUCAUCCUUCCCCCCCGCCGUCCUCCCGCGCCGGCUCCUGCCGCGGCAGAUGCGCCGCGGGUCACCGCGUAGCUGGGACUAUGGUGAAAUUUCCAGCGCUCACUAACUACUGGCCCCUGAUCCGGUUCCUGGUCCCUCUCGGCAUCACCAACAUCGCCAUCGACUUCGGGGAGCAGGCCUUGAAUAGGGGCAUUGCUGCUGUCAAGGAAGAUGCUGUGGAAAUGUUGGCCAGCUAUGGGCUGGCAUACUCCCUGAUGAAGUUCUUCACGGGUCCAAUGAGUGACUUCAAAAAUGUAGGUCUGGUGUUUGUGAACAGCAAGCGAGACAGGACCAAAGCAGUUUUGUGCAUGGUUGUGGCUGGCGCUGUAGCUGCUAUAUUUCAUACCUUAAUAGCAUAUAGCGAUUUGGGGUAUUACAUUAUUAAUAAGCUGCACCAUGUGGAUGAAUCAGUGGGAAGUAAAACUCGGAGGGCCUUCCUUUAUCUUGCUGCCUUCCCUUUUAUGGAUGCCAUGGCAUGGACCCAUGCUGGGAUUCUGCUGAAACACAAGUACAGUUUCCUGGUGGGAUGUGCCUCCAUCUCAGAUGUCAUAGCUCAGGUUGUUUUUGUAGCCAUUUUGCUUCACAGUCACUUGGAGUGCAGGGAGCCUCUCUUGAUCCCAAUCUUGUCAUUAUACAUGGGAGCACUUGUGCGAUGUACCACAUUAUGCCUCGGAUACUACAGGAACAUACAUGAUGCUAUUCCUGACAGGAGUGGGCCUGAAAUGGGGGGAGAAGCUACGAUAAGGAAGAUGCUGAGUUUCUGGUGGCCUUUGGCAUUAAUUUUGGCAACUCAGCGAAUAAGUAGGCCCAUUGUCAACCUUUUUGUCUCCCGCGACCUAGGUGGCAGUUCUGCAGCCACAGAGGCAGUGGCAAUUCUGACAGCUACAUAUCCUGUGGGACACAUGCCGUAUGGCUGGCUGACAGAGAUCAGAGCAGUGUACCCUGCUUUUGACAAGAAUAACCCCAGCAAUAAAUUGGUGAACACGAACAGCAUCGUCACAGCAACACAUAUCAAGAAGUUCACUUUUGUUUGCAUGGCUUUGUCCUUAACGCUCUGUUUUGUGAUGUUUUGGACGCCAAAUGUGUCAGAGAAGAUUUUAGUUGACAUAAUUGGAGUAGACUUCGCUUUUGCAGAGCUGUGUGUCGUUCCUUUGCGCAUCUUCUCCUUCUUUCCAGUUCCAGUGACUGUCAGAGCGCACUUGACUGGUUGGCUGAUGACUCUGAAGAAGACAUUUGUGUUGGCACCCAGCUCAGUGCUGCGGAUUAUCGUCCUCAUCACUAGUCUCAUCGUACUGCCUUACUUAGGAGUUCAUGGAGCCACUCUUGGAGUAGGAUCCCUUCUAGCUGGUUUUGUAGGAGAAUCCACCAUGGUUGCAAUAGCAGCCUGUUAUGUCUAUCGGAAACAGAAAAAGAAGAGGAAUGAGAAUGAGACAGCUGUAGAAGGUGAAGACUCUGCAAUGACCGACAUGCCUCACACGGAGGAAAUGACAGACAUCGUAGAAAUGAGAGAAGAGAAUGAAUAAUAAAUGGGAUGCAAUUGUUCUCUGCAGGGACGAUUGGAGUGACACUUCAGCAUCUUGUCGUCUCUCAUACUUUUUCGUUUGUUCAUUUUUAUUUUUGUAAUAAAGAGGCCUUGAUUUAAAAGGUUUCAGAUAAAUUCUCUAGCAUACUGAGUAUGCUCUCACUGAUGAGGGACCUAAAAAGAGGUCUUUGCUUCUUUAUUUUUUUUUUCCAAUUGAAUUUGUUUUCUCACUCCAUGCAAACAUAAAAGAUACAAUUGCAUCACUGUAGAGUCUUCCUUACUUAUGCAUCUACCUUCUCUGGACAAUCUGCAUUUGUCAACCAAAGCCCUGCUCUCUGUGCAUGUGUGUGUGUGCGUGUGUAUGGGCAUGCACUUGCACGCUCACACGUGCACACUGGCACGUGCCACUGGCUCAAUGCUACUGCCAUAAUCCUUCUCCCUCCCCUCUUUCCUUUUCCUUCCUUUUCUUCAUGAGAAAUGUAAAGGAAAAGAAGUUGGAAUACAGAGCUUUAUUUUACUUGCUUGAAAAUGACUUUGCUACAUAAACUAAUAUACUAUGGUGAACUAUAUCUUUUUGUUUGGCCUCGUCACUAGAGCUUAUACUGCACAGGGUAAAAGACAGGGAGGAACAUGUAAGUCUCCACAUACAACGUGGAGAAAAACAGGUUCCUCUCUCGUAUUAAAAGUGUGUGGAUGUAUAUAUACACACACAGGUACAUAAACAGAGACAUACAUACAUAUAUAUUUAUAUAUGUAUGUAUGUAUAUGAUAAAUAAAGUACACACAGGACAAGAACUCUAUUUAGCUUUCAUUCCAGCAGAAAGAUAAUAAUCUUUUGAAAAAUGUAAACAUUUAAUUCAGAAUUUUCUUGAAUCAUUAAGCCCCACCUUACAUAUAAUUUUCUUUAGGGAAAAAGAGCAGGCACUAUCCUCUUCUGAAGAGGGUGAUGGCAACUGAUAAACUACAACUGUAUUUCAAUUAAACAAAAAUAAAUAUUGAUAAGCUUUACCAAAGUUCUUGUCCACUGAUCUAACUUUAAUUUUUAAAGGUUGAUUUGCUCUAUAUACUUAUUUCUGGUGCCUCUAUAUUAAAAAAAAAACAAACAUAACAUAUGCAGGAUACCAUGGUAUAUCACGUUACUACACAUAGCUCGAUGAAAUUUUUUAUAUAGAGAUACACAUAAUCACGUGUGUGUAUAUGUAUAUAUACUUAUAUACACAUGGCACACACACUCAUAUGUAUGUUUUGCUAUAAUAUAUUUACCUAUGCAGUAGGUCAAAAUCCGUAUGGUGAAUCUCAAGUACUGGUGGUCCUCCAAGUUGAUAAUUAGGGACUUUGUUUAUAUGUUUGCUCUCAAGGCAGGCAUUAUGUGGGAGCUGGGAGCUGCUCACACCAGUCCUCCAGUGCUGUGCACGGAGCAGGCGGCGGGCGCUGUGUGGCUGUGGCUGAAGUGGGUUAAAUAACAGAGCGUGAGGUCGGGUGGGUGAUUCAAGUCGGGUGGAAAUGAAGCCUGUGUAAGAGAUGACCAGGGAGGUUUUGGGUGCCACUGAUGAUGGCUGCGGCAGCAGCUUGUAUUUCUGUGCUCUUCUGUGUUUGGCUGCAGGGCAGCGUUCAUUACCGGUCUGUAGUACCUUGGGUUCUUUCAGAUUUAAUCACGUCAGAGUCUGGAAACCAUUAUCCUCCAUCCUAUAUCCAUAAACCAGUUAAUUUAAACCUUAUUUAGUAAAAGUAUAUUUUUCUAAGUUGUGGAAAUUAUUAUUUAAUUGUGGACAAAUUCCUAGAUUUAUUUGCCAGGUAGUCCCAGCACUCAGAGAACUGAUCAAAACUAAACAUUACUUUAAAUGUUUUAUCAAUAUAUGUGUAUGUAGACAUACACAUGUGUAUAAAUAUAUAUAUAUUGUAUAUUAUGUACAUUUAUUUUAAACUACAAUAUGUUUCCUAUUUUUCCAAGUUCAGCUAAAAAUGUCUCUACAAAACUACAGAGUUGACUAGUAACCAGUUAUGGCCAUCAUGAAAGGCAUUGUAUCAAUGAACUUUACAUUUUAUCGGAAACAUUUGUACCAAUUUGUUACAUGUGCAAAUGCAAUAAGAAAAAAAGGUAGAAAUUACUGUGUUAACUAACAGAUUUGCAACUUCACUUCUCAGUUAAUGAGCAGUGGCCCUAGGAUGGUAAGACUAAAUCCAUUUACCACGUUUUUCUGUGCCACCAUGGGGUAAAUCCUGGUUUUGACAGUAGUUUAAAACAAAAUUUUAAAAAAACCCCUCAGACAAAGUUAUGUGUGCAGAAUGUAGUCUGUACACAUUCAUGAAUACAGGUUCUCAAACAAUCCUGUGUAUAUAAUGUGUAUAUAGACUGUUACAGAUCACAGUGGCCAUUUGAGGUCUCCUCUAUUCACGUAGUUUUGGUUUCUCCAGUACAUUUGUAUUCAAGUCCACAAGAUACAGUUUUUCAGGAACUGUAGAGAUGAAGCAAGAAAAUAUUUUUGUGUAAUAUUUCUUUGGUACAUGACUAAAAUUCAAACAGCAGUAUUUUUGAAAAAUGUUGAGCAUUACCAAUGUAGGUUUCAAGAUAGUAAUUGCACCAAAAAGUAAAAAAUUGAAAACAAAUUAAAGGAAAACAUGGAGGCUUGUGCUUUACAUAAAAGUUGAACAAACACUAAAGUUGAAUUAUUGGUCACACAGAGAUAAACUAAUGGUAUUGUAAAAGAUAAAUUUUCAAUUGUGUGGGUAAUACUCACUAGUCCUUUAUUUUGCAAGAUACUGAAUGAGCACAGGAGUGGUGGGAUUUGUGUGAGAAUUUAAGCAGUGACAUAAAGACACGUGCAUUGCAUCGCUUUCUGCUUCCUGCAGGUCAUGUGUUUCUUUUCGUUGCUCUGCUGGAUUAACAAAAUGUGAUGACGUUUCUGCAGCGAGUGAUUCCAAGCCAGCCCCUCGUGCUGGUUCAGGUGCUCGCUGGGGGACAGGCAGGGUUCUCAGCAGGAAGAGGUAUGUCCAGGUUGCUAUUCUUCUGUCCCUUGCAGGCACUGGUUAUGCUUCUGGGUACUGUUGGCAGGAGCUUCAGUGACCACUUGAAAUGUUGCUGCUCCAGCUCCCAGUCAGUGGCAAAUUAGCUGGACUGGUGAAACAGCCAGUCUGAUGAGUUACAGGCUGGGAGUGAGCAGCCAUCCUCUAUGGCCAAAGCCCCAGUCAGAGCAUUACUGAUUCGAGUAUCUCAGGCAGAUGCUGGUUCUGCACCUUUGCCUUUCGAAAAGGACUUCCCUGAGUUCUAGUAAAAUGGCUUAGCUGUCUCUGUCUUGUGCUGUUGCUUAUGAAAUGGUUAUCUAUCUCUGUGGUAAUUAUUUUACAAUAGAAACAUGUUACGUUUCUGUGUCAGAGAGCUGGAGCGCAGUCAUCUCAAUGAAUUCAUGUGGAGACUUGGCCUUUCCAGACUGAAUUAUACAAUCGAAGUUACAAUAAAAAGCGGAAAAAUGUUGAUCUUCAUCCUACAUCUCAUGUUGCAGAACAAUUUGCACAGUGGGAAAUAAGAGCAGAACACUGAUAAGCUGUGGAUUAAUGUUCCUCGGCUUUUAAUACAUUUGCAAAAUUGUGUUAACUUGUCUUGAGCUUUCCUUUUUCAGAAUUAACAGGAAACACUCCAGGUUUUUCCCUCACUGCUUUAAGCAGGCUCUCACGCUUAACAAGCCGUGGACUCGAUGCACAAAGCUCUGCAUUUCUCAGCCAGUGCCUGAGGCCAUUUGGGUGCACCAGCGGGUUCCCAAGGCAUGGAGCAGUCCUGCUCCCCAUCCCCCUGGCGCAGCCAUUCCAGGCAGGAGGGCUCAGUUCCCUGCUUGUUAGAUAGAGCCACCCUGAGUGAGAGGAUUGGGUAAGUAACAGAGAAGUCUUUUGUUUUCUACUCAUUUUGCUGCUAAAUAUUUCUUUUGAGCAGGAGAUUUAUAUCUGGCUCUUGCUUAGUGUUUCACCAAAUCUGCAGCCAGAGAGGAGCAGCCUGAGACGGAGGGUUAGCUGAUGAAUGCAGCUGAUUCAGGGCAGGCCACGGCACAUGAACAGAAACCUUUUGAAGGCAGGAGUGCCUGCUUUUGUGGGAUGGCGCCUCAUGCUUAAAAAGAGGGGAGAAAGGAUGCUUUCAGGCCCAGGCACCAGAAUUGUCAGGCAUACUUUCGUGUUGGGCUGCAAGGUGGCAACGGGAAUCGAGCAUCCUGCAGCUCGAGCAUCCCAACCCCACUGCCAGCAUCCUCAGUGAAGUGUGGGACAGUGUAGAGAAUGGCGUGGCAGCAGUAUUGGCUCUGUCUCUCACUGAGGUUUUGUCGUUGUGGCAUGGUUGGCACAGGGUUGAGUGCAGCUGGUUGUUACCUGAGGAUAAUUGCAGGAUUAGUCUACUGGAAGGCCAUGCAUAUGUAUAUAAGUGUGUAUACGAGAGUGUUGCACAGGCAAUUUUAUUACAACCUCUGUAUAGUUCAUUGGAACAAGGAAGUCUAAACACAAACAAGUCUAAACAUGAUUUUAAUGUGGGACUAGUACUAAGCCAUUUUUAAAAACUGCAGUUUAAAGCUACAUGAAAGAGUAAAUAAAACAGCAGACCUAUACCAGUAAGCUAAAGCAUGAUUUAGAUCAGUAAGCUGGAAUGGGAGAGAAAGAGGACAUGUUGAAAAUCUUACGGGUAAUGUAUACCCAUCCUGAAUACAACAGCAUGGUGUGGAUAUGAGGGAAUCAAAGGGUAGAAAACACCAGAGCUGUGGCUGCUGCCAUUUCCCUUUCAGCUGCCCUAUAGAGGGACUGAAGGAUGAGGAAGUGUGUCCAUGAAACACCACUUCUAAGUAUUUUGGUUUCCAAGUGAAAGACUCUUCAGAGAGAAGAGUAUGAAACAUCUUAAGAUGAUUCAAGUAGAAAUAAACCAGCAUGCAGGUUUUAUAAUGUGUGGCGAGGAGGCACUACAUAGUUUCCUGUUUCUGAGUAACUGGCAGGUUUGAAUUAAGGAAACAUCACAUAAAUAUUAAUUAAACAAAAGACAAAAUUAUCCCAAUUUUGGUAUCAAAUUGGCAUUUCUCAAAUACCAGCUAAACCAUAAUAUGUUAGGAUUCCCUUCCCCCAUUCAUAUUUGGUUUUUUACUAGAAUUCAAGUGCAGCAAGCCAUCUUUUUUUGAGGGAGCAACCUCCUGUGGAGGGGAUACAGUGCAGAGCAGGCUGUGGGGGCUUGUGGCAGAGUACCAGGUGGAGGAAUGAAGAGCUCCCGAUUUAUUCUGUGCUCUGCAACACACUGUAUAGCAGCCUGACAGCAUCAUGAAACAAGGCAGAAUUGUCAGCUUAGCAGCAAACUUGGUCCAAGUGUGGUCGCAAGCUGUGGCAGCCCUGCAGAGCAGCAGAAGGCCAUGGGAUGCAGGGUAGCCCUGGCUCCGAGCUCAGGCUCAGACAGCCUGUGUGGAUUUUCUUUGGAGAGCCAAGUUCAAUUGUCAGUGCAUAGAUGCAAUCCUCAGCAAAACCAUUGCCAGACUUCUCAGUAAUUGGCACCUUCUGAACAAAAAGGCUAAAGACAAAUAUGAGGGCAGAGCUUUAAGCUCAGCUUGGAGCGUGGACUUGCACAGAAGGGCAUUUUGGCCACAGAUCGUGGAAAUUAAUUGUACAGUUAGUGGGCUUCAGUCUCAGCAUUUCAUAGUCACAGAUUACACUCUAUCUUAGUAAAACAAAGAAUGGCAGUAUAUUUCUAGGUCGUCUUUUGCCUGUAAUCCUGAGGGGAAAGUUUUCCUUAGUAUUAGCAAGCCUUGUCACUGCUCAAAUCAAUUUAUUGGUUUUAUCUCAUUAUUUUCUAUUAUUCCUAGUUCAGUGUCUUCAGACAUUUCCUUAUUUUCUUCUGAAGGCUCCUGCUAGGCUCAUUUUGUCUGUUGGCAUUUUGAGAAGGAAAAUGUAAUUGUCAUGCUGACUGAACGUCAAGUAACGUUGUGAUUAAAAAGUAGCUUACAACAAAA